UAGACAUGUUUUAGGGUUUGGCCUUCGGUUUGGAAAACUCAAAAACAUCAGGCUCCUUUGUUCCAAGUCGCGAGCCCUGUCUUCACUACUAUUUCUCACCCUCUCUCCCCGUCCUCGUUCUGCCGCUGCCGCAGCCGCUCCACCAGCACGCACCGCGUCUUCCUGCACCGGCAUUCACGUUUGCAGCCGCGCCGUCGCUUCUGUUAUCGUCGCCGCCCUCACGUCGUUGGCCGUCGGACCAACUUAGCAGUUAGGAGCAAGCAACCGCACAGCAGGGUAGGCUGAGCUCCUGGGAUGAGUGGCAGCACCAAAUAUAUGAACGAGGGGAUGAAAAGUACAACGAAGAAAAUGGUUAAAGAGGACGAGAUUUUUGCCUCUUGUACUUUCGCCAGCCUCGGUCUGGACUCUACUUUAUGCGACCAGCUCCGAGAUAAAAUGGGAUUUGAAGUUCCUACGCUUGUACAGGCUCAAGCAAUUCCGGCUAUUUUAUCCAGGCGUCAUGUUCUUGUUAAUGCGGCCACGGGCACUGGCAAAACUGUUGCAUAUUUGGUUCCAAUCAUCCAUCACAUGUUGAAGUCUGAUCGUAGGAUUCAGCGGGCUGAUGGAACCUUCGCGUUGGUUCUUGUACCAACGCGAGAGCUAUGCAUGCAGGUCUAUGAAAGUCUACAAAAACUAAUACAAAGUUAUCAUUGGAUUGUCCCCGGUUACAUCACAGGUGGGGAAAGUCGAUCUAAGGAGAAAGCGAGGUUGCGAAAAGGUAUAUCAAUUUUAGUUGCAACACCAGGUCGGCUCUUGGAUCACUUAAAGAAUACAUCAUCCUUUUUGUACUCAAAUUUGCAUUGGAUAGUGUUUGAUGAGGCAGAUAGAAUUUUUGAAUUAGGAUGUGGCAAAGAAGUUGAGGAAAUAUUGGAUCAUUUGGGCUCAAGGAAGAAUAUUUAUGUCAAUAAGGAUAAUGCAACUUCAGGUUUUAAAUUCUCGCAGCAGAAUUUGCUUUUUUCAGCCACCUUAAAUGAAAAAGUAAAUCGUUUUGCCAAAAUUAGUUUAGAGAAUCCCAUCAUGAUUAGUCUUGAUGGUGGAAACAAUACCUCUGAAUUUCAACCAUCUGAACAUGGUCGAUUUUUGGGACAUGACAUUAAUGAUGAAGCCCAAGCCAUAGGGAAGGAGAAGACCUUUUCAAUUGCAGAUUAUAAAAUUCCUACCCAGUUAGUUCAGAGUUACGUGCAAGGUAAUUUUAUUAAAAGUUCCAUUUAAUUAUCUUUCACAAUAUAUUCAUGAGUGCAAAUGGUCUUUUAAUCAACUUUCACAACGUAUUCAUGAGUUUAAAGGGUUGGAUGCGUGUUGCUUGGACAUUGAAUUAAUAUCCAGUGCAUCUUUUUGUACUUCUGUGUUGAACGUUCCUUUCUUAGGUCACUUAAAACUUUGGUGCUUCUUGUAGAUCUUUGAGUUUUUAUUUCGUUUGCCCCUUUGUUGUCUCACACGGUUUUGUUUUAAUGUAGCAUAAUUAGUAAUUGUUUUGUAAUUUUGAUUUCAAUUGUUUAUUGUUCUAGUUUGUUGUUAGUUGUUUGCCUAGUUAUUAGCUUACCUUUUGAAUCCUGAUUAUUGGAAAUAGGGUUUUUAACCUAGGGGCAUUUAUGUAAUUGUGUAAGACCUCUAGGGUUUCCUACUAUCGAUUUAUAGUGUGUCCUUGUGUAUUUAGUGUAUCAGUUUAAAAACAAAUAAGAAAAGACUUUAUAUCGUGGUUUUUCUCCCUGCACUAGGGUUUCCACGUAAUCUUGUUGUUCUUUUCUUCCCUAUUCUCUAUUUUUAACAUGGUAUCAGAGCGCGGUGACGAAAAUCUAGCCGUUAUGGAAGAGAAUCAACCUCAAUCCUCCUCUGUUGAUGGGUCUUCAAGUUUUGACAUGAGAACGGCAAUCUGAGCAGCGGUAAAGGAAUGUUUUCAGGAUGCCCUAUCGGAAUUAAUAUCUGCCGUUCAGGUACAAUCCUUGGAAAAUCGCCUUCAACCGAUCGGGUAUCACCAUUCUGAAACUAGUCAGAAUCCGAUCGGAGCUGGAGCCGGCCGCGAGGAACCAACGAUUCAUGAUCGGAGCUAUCACAAUCAUGGCAGAGUCGGCGGCGCUCAUGGCAGAGUUGGCGGUCUCGGACAUGAAGUACAAGCUGGCCGUGAGGAGAUGUUAACCGUCGAUCGGAGCUAUCAGGGCAGAGUGAGCAGCGUCGGAGGCGAGGAGCAGAGGAGUCGUGAUGAUCUGAUUAUGGUUAGUACCGGUUUGGAGCAAACCGGACCGGUUCGGGUUGAACCAGGGUAGACCAGCCAGACCCGGCAUUUUAAUUUUAAUUCUGACCCGAACCGGUUCGACCCUAGGCUAGCCCGACCCGAGAACGCAGCUUUUAAUUCCAACCCGCGAUCUUUUAAUUUUGACCUCUGAUCCGACCCACGGCUGGCCCAACCCGAGAGCUCAGCCCGGCCCGAAAGCUCAUCUGUCUAGUUUUUUGCA